GUUUAGAUCAAAACACCAUAUCCAAGUUUACAAUUCCAAAUAAAUAUUAUUACAUUUUCAUAGUCAUUUAUAAUCUAUGACAUGGGUAAAGAUAACUAUUUUAAAAGCAAAUCUUAAGAAUUAUUGAAAAAAUAAGAUUUUAUUGUGGAUCUCUUCCAGAAAAUCAUGAAAAGCAUUUACUAUAUGUUGGGGCUUCUUUUCAUGCUACUACAAGGAAGUUUCCAAAAUCCAAUCCAGGAAACAGAAGACAAAUCCAGAUCAGUCAAAGCUGCAAGGACUGAAGUACUAGAUGAUUCAGAUCACCACAAUGAAGUUAAACGUCACUCACAAGGCACAUUUACUAGUGAUUACAGCAAGUACCUAGACUCCAGGCGGGCUCAAGACUUUGUCCAGUGGUUAAUGAACUCAAAAAGAAGCGGAGGAAUGCAAAGACGUAAUGUUCAGUUUGAAAGGCAUGCGGAUGGAUCAUAUACUAAUGACGUAACCCAGUUCUUGGAAGAAAAAGCAGCCAAAGAAUUUAUUGAUUGGUUGAUAAAAGGAAAACCAAUGAAACAGAGACUCUCACGGCACGCGGAGGGAACUUUCACUAGUGAUAUGACCAGCUUUUUGGAAGAAAAAGCAGCCAAAGAAUUUGUUGAUUGGUUAAUUAAAGGAAGACCAAAGAGAAAUUUCGCAGAAAUUUCCGAUGCAGAUGACAUGGACAGAAGACACGCUGAUGGCAGUUUUACCAGUGAUUUCAACAAAGCCCUUGACAUUAAGGCUGCCCAAGAAUUUUUGGACUGGAUCAUUAAUACCCCAGUUAAGGAAAGGGAUUUGCUGGAAGAACAAUAAGAAAACUGAAGAUCUUCAACAAGGAACCACCCGGCUGUCACUUGAAAAUGAUGACUUUGUGUUGUGUAAAUUCAAGCAGGUGUAUCAUAAAGCCAUACAGUAUAGCUUUGCAUGCAAAGUAAAUGAAAUUUUACAAUAGUGUUUUCUUGUUGAGGAAUGACACUUAGAGCAGAUUCUACUUAAAAAAAUAUAUAUACAUCAACCAUAAAAGGUUUAAUGCUUUCGGUAAUGGCUGGACUGGUAUUGUACUCAGCGCACAUGCUUUGGCUGUCCUUCCAGAACUAUGAGGGCUUAAAUCCAAAAGUGCCGUUUUUUCGCCCAAUUAUUUAAAGAAAGGAAAAAAUAAAUAAAAAAAGCAAAAAAAAAAAAAUAUAUAGAGUUACGAAAAAUAUAACUUGUUUAAAUAAUAAAAAAAGAUAUAACUUAUUUUUCUAUAAAGAUAAACUGUACAUAGACUCCAGUCCUGUCAGAAAAGGGUUACCCUGUUUGAAAUGUUUAUUACAGAAGUGGUAAGCUUUCAAAAUAUU